CGGCUGGCAGGGUUGGCGGAAGUGGUGUGGGCGAGGUGAUCCCGCAGUGCAGGAGCUGCUCAGCUCGAGUGCCGGGACCGGACGUGGAGCAGUGGCCAUUGCCUCGUCUUCUGAGCUCCGGGAAGAUGAUGCGCUUCGCCCUGACCGUGGUCCGGCAUGGAGAAACAAGACUUAACAAGGAGAAGAUAAUUCAAGGACAAGGAGUAGAUGAGCCUCUUUCAGAAACGGGAUUUAAACAAGCAGCAGCCGCUGGCACGUUUCUGAGCCGUGUGAAGUUCACUCACGCUUUCUCCAGUGACCUCACGAGGACGAAGCAGACCAUGCAUGAGAUUUUGAAGAACACCAAAUUUUGCAAAGACAUGACAGUAAAGUAUGAUUCAAGACUUCGAGAAAGGAAGUACGGGAUUGCGGAAUCCAAGGCGCUCAGUGAGCUCAGGGCCAUGGCCAAAGCGGCAGGGGAGGAAUGCCCCGUAUUCACACCACCUGGAGGAGAGACCUUAGACCAGGUGAAAAUGCGUGGAAAAGACUUUUUUGAAUUUCUUUGUCAACUAAUUCUGAAAGAAACAGGCCAAAAAGAACAGUUUCCCCAAGGAGCUCCAAGCAACUGUCUGGAAGCUUCUUUGGCAGAGAUAUUUCCUUUAGGAAAAAACCACGGCUCCGAAUUUAAUCCGGACAGCGGCGCCCCAGAAUUAGUAGCCAGCGUCUUAGUUGUGAGUCACGGCGGCUACAUGAAAGGGCUGUUUGAGUAUUUUGUGACUGACCUCAAGUGCUCCUUACCGACAACUCAGAGCAAGUUCGAACUCACGUCAGUCAGCCCGAACACGGGGAUUAGUGUCUUUGUCGUAAACCUGGAGGAAGGAGAAGUCGUGAGGCCAGCCAUGCAGUGUGUGUGUUUGAACCUACAGGAUCACCUGGGUAAAAUGACUGAAGCUCACUGAGUUUAAGCCUCCAGCAAAGUCAAGCACUUUUGAAGAUUCUGAAGGGAGUGCCUUUGGCUUUAUUUAUUCAUGUUCUUCGCUAGUGCUGAUUUGGAAACAGUUCAAGAGUAGGUUCAGAAGCCCCAGUGGAAUCAUAGCCACAGAAAACAAUGAUGGAAAUCCAUUUAGAAUAGACUUUGUCUCCAUACAGCGGGGCACUCUCCAGAGUAACUCCUCCACCCUGCGCCGUUUUGUCUCUGGAGGAAGGAACCCCGUAUUGCACGUUGAGGGGUUAAUGACCUGGUUGCUAUCUCUCCCACCCCUUUUUUUAAUGUUGAUAUUUUACUUGAUUAUUUUUUCUUUUUUAAAAUUUAAUUUGAUUUGAUUUGAUAAUUAUAUACAUUUAAUUGUACGUCUUUAUGGUGUACAAUACGGUUUUUCACAGCAUGCAGGUAGUGUGUGGUAACCCAAUGAAGAAUGUUACCAUAUGCAUCAUUUUCAACAAAGACCCUUACGUUCUUGUAUCUUCUGAAUGCUUUUUCUCUGAGCCCCUCCCCUGGCUCCUAUUACUAGCCCUCUUCCCAUAUUUCCCAAUGUCUGAACAGUUUAGGCUGUUUUAUUGAUAAGAUACUGUACUUUUUUUCCUAUUUCAUUCAGUGCUUAGGAGAAAGAACUGUUUAUAGCUCCCACUGUAUAUUUACGGAAUGAUGUUAUAUUUACAAAGUGCUUUACAUGAAAAAGUCCUACCAUCAUAAGUUUAUGUAAAGUAAAAUGCUAAAAUAAAUGACACUAAACUUUGUUAUAUAGACAUCAACUAUUAGAAGAAAAAGAAGUCCACAGUUGGAAUUUUUUGUUCUAGAGG